CCACCCCUUCAGCCCUGUUCCGCUUCCGGUCGCCAGGGCACUGGGCCCCCGAAAGUUACCUCUGUGGUCGCGAUGGGGAAGUCGGAUUUUCUUACCCCGAAGGCCAUCGCCAACAGGAUCAAAUCCAAGGGGCUUCAGAAGCUGCGCUGGUAUUGCCAGAUGUGCCAGAAGCAGUGCCGGGACGAGAAUGGCUUUAAGUGUCAUUGUAUGUCCGAAUCGCAUCAGAGACAACUGUUGCUGGCUUCUGAAAAUCCUCAGCAGUUUAUGGAUUAUUUUUCAGAGGAAUUCCGAAAUGACUUUCUGGAACUUCUCAGGAGACGCUUUGGCACCAAGAGGGUUCAUAACAACAUCGUCUACAACGAGUACAUCAGCCACCGAGAGCACAUCCACAUGAAUGCCACGCAGUGGGAGACGCUGACGGAUUUCACCAAGUGGCUGGGCAGAGAAGGCUUGUGCAAAGUGGAUGAGACACCAAAAGGCUGGUAUAUUCAGUACAUAGAUAGGGACCCGGAAACGAUCCGCCGGCAACUGGAACUAGAGAAAAAGAAGAAGCAGGACUUGGACGAUGAAGAAAAAACUGCCAAAUUUAUUCAAGAACAAGUGAGACGAGGUCUGGAAGGGAAAGAGCAGGAGGCCCCUAUUUUUACGGAAUUAAGCAGAGAAAAUGAAGAAGAAAAAGUGACAUUUAAUUUGAACAAAGGAGCAUGUAGUUCAGCAGCAGCAUCUUCCAAAUCAAGUUCUUUGGGACCAAGUGCCCUGAAGACGAUGGGUAGCACAGCGUCGGUGAAACGAAAGGAAUCUUCCCAGAGCUCAGCUCAGUCAAAAGAAAAGAAGAAAAAGAAGUCUGCGCUCGACGAAAUCAUGGAGAUUGAAGAGGAGAAGAAGAGAACCGCCCGGACGGAUCACUGGCUCCAGCCUGAAAUUAUAGUGAAAAUUAUAACCAAAAAACUUGGAGAGAAAUAUCAUAAGAAAAAGGGCGUUGUUAAGGAGGUAAUUGACAAAUACACAGCUGUUGUAAAGAUGAUUGACUCUGGAGACAAGCUGAAACUGGACCAGACUCAUUUAGAAACAGUCAUUCCAGCACCAGGAAAAAGAAUUCUCGUCCUGAAUGGAGGCUACAGAGGAAACGUGGGCACGCUGGAAUCCAUCAACGAGAAGACGUUUUCAGCUACUGUAGUCAUUGAAACUGGCCCUUUAAAAGGACGAAGAGUUGAAGGAAUUCAAUAUGAAGACAUUUCUAAACUUGCCUGAGUUUGAAAAUUUGCUAACAAGACAUUAAAAUCUUAAAGCAUCAAAUUGGUGUUUACCAAGACAUUGCAAGACUCUACUGUGUUAGGGUGUUUCUUUUGUAUAAAACAAAUGGAUUUAUUUAAGUAUUACUGUAUAGCUGUUUAGCCACACUUAGAGAAAAAUCUAAUUAUGUCUCAUGAAAUGGCAAAUUAUGUAAUUUUGUCCUUGUUCUUUUUGUUUCCUUGUACUAUUUCCUUGAAGAUUUUUUUAUCUUCAUUAAAAGAACAUUAUUGUAAAGUGUUUUAUAUAAGUUUAGAAUCACAUAGUUAGAGGAAAUCUUUCCUGUGUUCUAAAUUUAUAUUUUCAUCAGUAAAGUCAUAAAGGUGAACUCUAAACGUAAUUGCAUUUUAAAAAGUCAAAGUAUAGACAGAAGAGUAGCUUUCCUGAGCUAUAAUUCACACGUCAUGUAACUUCCCCCACUUAAAGUCGACAUUUCAGUGGUUUUUCUAAAUCUUUACAAAGUUGUGCAGCCGUCACAGUGUGUAAUUUCAGAACCUUUCCAUCAAAGCAGCCCUGUACACAUGGUCCUUCCGACGCCCCCCGGCCCGGGCACCCCCCGGCCCGGGCACCCCCCGCUCUGCUCUCCACCUCCGGGGACUUGCCUGUUCGGGGCCCCUCAUGUAAACACAGUCUUUUAGCCCAGCCUCGUUCCCCGGGCCUGAUGUUUUUGAGGUUUAUCCAUGUGGUAGUGGGGGCCCUACUUCACUCCCUUUCAUGGAACAAUAUUCCACCGUAUGGAUAUACCACCGUUUUUAAAACUCUUCACCAGUAGAUAGGCAUCUGGGUUGUUUCCGCUUUGAGGCUGUUGUGAAUAACGCUGCUGUGAACGCUCGCCUACGAGACUUCGCGUGAACGAGUGUUUUCAGGGGCCAGGUGUGGAGUCGCCGGGUCACCGUAACUCAUCCUGCACCGUGUUUACCAUCUGAGGAGCUGCCAGGCCCCGUUCCAAAAGGCCGCACGGUUUUACAAUCCCCCCAGCAACACUGAAUGACGCAUUUUUAAGUGAGGGGGGCGGUCUGUUAUUUUGGGAUGCAGGAGACAGGAAACCCACCCCACAGUUGCUUUGGGGGAAAGAGUCAGUUUAUGGUUCACGAAGGAGAGGCCCCUUGCUUCCAGUGAGACUCAGACCCUGAGCAGCCUGGUCUGGGCUGGGUCCCCGUCCUCUCUGGCUUCGGGGCCGACUUCAUUCCCAGGCACUCUGAAAACAGCAAGGUGACUGCCAGCAUGUGCAGGCUCCAGGUGGCAUCUCCCCUCCGCCACAGUUCAGGCAGAAACCCUGGGGUUGACCCUGGUGGGUCCACACUUGGGCCAAUCGUGGCAGUGAAAGGAUUGGAAUGUCACUCACUGGCCAGGCUGGGGUUGCUUGCCAGCCCCUCGGCGGGCCAUUCCUCUUGGACCGGGAGUCAGGGAGGGGGCGUAAGUCCGUUUUCAGGAGGCGGGAGAGGAUCUGCCGGUAAAGGGAAAUAGAAGCAGCAGCAAAAGAAAUAGGAUGAUGUCAGUAGCUUGACAGAAAAUGUUCUGGGCUGAGUUAAAGCGUUUCCGAAACACCCUGACAGCACUGCGACGUGGGAAGGGGGGGGGGUUUGGCAGUUGGGCCGACUUUGGGUUGAAUUUAGGCUGUUCUGUUCACGAGCUGUGUCAUCUCAGAAAAGUUAAUGUUUUUGAAUUUCAAGGUUUUUAAUGUACGAAUUGUCAGAAAUAAUGUGUCCUGGCAGAGUUGUGGUGAGAACGACAGAAAACGCAUGUGGGGUGUCAUUCGUGAGGCCGGCACGUAGCAGGUGUUUGAGGACCGCGGUGGACAGUAGCGGGGAGGGUGCCAGCCUCUGUGACCCGCCUGGCGCGAGUCUGCCCUGUGGCACGUCGGUCAGGAGCCUCCCCUCGUGCUCCCUGACUGAGUGGAGAAAUGAAGUGACAGAUUUCACGUGCCUGCCCCCAAUCUGUAAACCGCUGAGUGUUUUCUUGGUAGAAAAAAAUGUUUCAGCCUUA